GCAGACAGGAGUAAAUCCCCAACAGUUUACACACACACACACUCAUGGAUGAGAUGGUUCACUGAAAAACUGACUCUCUGUGGACGGACUUAUUUCUCUGUGUGGACACAACUGCUUUAACAAACAUGAACAAACUUGCGAAGGCUCUGUAUGACAACACUGCGGAGUGUGCAGAUGAGCUGGCUUUCAGAAAAGGGGACAUCGUCAUGGUGAUUGAUAAGAAUGUGGCCGGCACCAGCGGAUGGUGGAUGUGUUCUCUUUAUGGACGGCAUGGUCUGGCCCCUGCAAACAGACUGCAACUUCUACCACAAACUGGAACCACUGCGGGCUCAUUAAGCCAUGACACAGAAAAACCCAAAUUAACUAAUUCUGUAACCGAUGACAGUGCACAAAAUAUCUACCAGAUCCCGAGUGUGCCCCGACCCUCCAGCAGCCCGGCUUAUGAACGCAUGGACAUGAUUUACAAGGUCCCGCAUACUCCUUUAUCAGCUUCAAAAAUUCCAGUCCCGCCAGCACAAAGGCACAGCACAGAAGGACCCGAGGGAAACAAGCCUUUAUUCAGCACGGUGUCCAGUCCAAAAAAGGAAGUUUACGAUGUCCCGAUCCAAGCAAGACGAGGUUCUCUUUAAACUGCAUCAACGACUCCAAGACAAGUGCCACGAAAAAACUCACUGAUUGCAAUUUCUGAACUGGAAAAAAGAUUUGACUCUCUGGAGGGUUUAAGGUGUAGCAGUCCAGGAGACACUUACGUGUAUGCAGUUCCACCACCUUUGCCUCAGGACCCAAACUAUGACAUCCCUGUUCCCUCGACCUUGGAAGCCCAACAGAAAGUGACAGGUGGAUACAGCACUCUCCCUCACCCCCGCAAGCCUGAGUGGAUUUAUGAUGUGCCAGUGGGUCCUGAGAAACAAAGUCCAUCCAAAGGCUCCUAUGAUACCAUGCCCUCAAAAGCCAUUUGCAGAGAACUCUAUGACACUCUUCCAGCACGUGCUUGGCCCGUUCAAAAAGGCAGUCCAUGUCCCUCGCUUUAUGAUAUACCAAAGCCUAGUUCUCUUGAAACGCCGAGUCCACCCAAAGUGCUGCCAAGGGUCCCACUUUAUGACAAGCCCCCAACUCAGAGGCACACAGAGGAGUUGGUAUAUGCGGUUCCUCCCAAGGAGGAACCCCUCUCUCAAGUUCUCAGUGGUCCCUCCAGUGAUCAUAUACCCCUAGAGUGCAGAGGCGACUCGAGCAAAGCUCAUGAACUCAAAAGAGUGCGUCUGCAGCGAAUGAGGAACUUCCUGGCCUGUACGUCUUUCCAGGACCUUCCUGGAAGCGGGGAGCCACUGGUGCAUGAUGACGAGGAACGAGGUAAAACUCUGCGCUUGUCUGCAGCAGACAGUCAAAGAAUCAGCACGGCCUCCAGCUCUUCCACAAGCUCCUGUGACUCUCUGGCUCUGAGCUCAUCCUCUCCUGAGCCUUUGCGAGAAGUGACACUCAGCCAGGAUGAGGCUUGCCGCAAACUUCUGGACCUGCAGGAAUCUGUUUGCAAGGCCGUGCCCCGUCUCAUGGAGUUUGUCAGCAGUCACUGGAGGAGCAAAGAACAUCUAGAGAAACACCUGAAGGAGAUCAAAGAAGCAGCUGAGGGGAUUGCAUGUUCUCUGACGUGCUUCCUAAACUUUGCCCUGGACGUUAAGGGCAAUGCCCGCCGUUUGACUGAUGCCAACCUUCAGACGAGGCUCUAUAAACAGCUGUCCAUUGUAGAAGACUCAGGUGUAAUCCUACAACAAACAGUAAGUGCUCUGAACAUGGCUGGCUGGCCCCUCAACACACUCUCUCAGGACCCUGGGCAGGCCCAGACACCUGACCAACUUGAGCGCUUUGUUAUGGUGGCACGAACUGUUCCAGAGGACAUCAAGCGCCUGGUGUCCAUCAUCAAUGCCAAUGGCAAGCUUCUGUUCAAAGCCCAUCUGAAAGGUCAGACAGAGACAAAGAGAGGUCUUGAUGGAAGUGAGCAAGGAGAGGACUUAGUGGAGGAUGACAACGACUAUGUAGAGCUACAGACUAAGAACGAUUUUGAAAGGCAGCGGAUGGAAGUGCAAAAGGAGCCAAAAGAAAAUGUCACAUCAGUCUCUAAGAAGGCACAUGUGGAUAACAAGCGUCACUCCUCUGAGUCCAGCAGUGGCACAGAAGAACAUCUCCCACCCUCCCUGUCAGAGCACUGCCGGCUUUACUUUGGCGCCCUCCAGAAGGCCAUUGGGGGAUUUGUGGGCAGCCUCCAGGCUGGCCAGCCACCAGAGAGAUUCAUCUCACAAAGCAAGCUGGUGAUCAUGGUGGGCCAGAGACUGGUGGACACCCUGUGCAAGGAGGCCCACUCUGGAGGGUCCACCCAAAGCCUUCUGUCUAUGAGCAACCACCUGUGUGCUCUCCUGAAGCAGCUGGCUGUGGCCACCAAGAAGGCAGCACUGCAUUUCCCAGAUAGGCAAGCUCUGCAAGAGGCUGAGGAGUUUGCAGUGGAACUGGCCCAAAGAGCACAGCACUUUCGGAAAUCACUUGACCUCUGAGCACUCACAUAUAAAACAUAUUGAUUUAUUUGUACAGCAAGACAUGGGUGUAUUCAUCAUCAGAUUCCUUUUUCAUUAAUGUCAUAUUCAGCUUCAUUCAAGCUUCACUUGCCAAAAAGAUCAUUGCUUUCUGCUGAAUGUUGUUAUCAUAAUGAAUGCAGGUACUGGUUUAAAUGUUAAUAAUGUUAGAAAAAGUCGCUUGGAUGAACAGAACGAUUGAAGUCUUAUUUGUACUAGAAUAAUAAACUUCACCAUUGUGGAGUUCCAAAGUAAAUUGCACAUUUAGGAUACUCAAGUCAAUAUUAAAAUGCAAUUAAAAUAUGAAGUAUAAAAUAAUUUGUUUUAUAUAAUUUACAACAAUGUUAUAUUCUCCUAAUAUUGUUUGGUAAGUGGAUGUUUUAUGUAUUUUAUUACUUUAUUAUGUAAGAGAUAUACUCUCCAGGGUAGUAGUUUGAUAGUCUACUUUUUAUGAAUAUCUAUGUAAAUAUUCUAAAAAAUGUGUAAUGCAUUCCCAAACAGCAAUUAAAAACU